AUGGCCAAGAAUAACCUCACCACAGUAACCAGGUUUGUUCUCAUGGGCUUUAAUGACCUUCCCAAGUGGCAGGUUCCCCUUUUUCUGUUGUUUCUCAGUUUCUAUAUGGUCACCAUUUUGGGAAACUUGGGUAUGAUUAUUCUCAUACAGGCAGAUGUCCAACUCCAUACCCCAAUGUAUUUCUUCCUGAGCCAUCUUUCUGUGUUAGAUGCCUGCUAUACCUCAGUCAUCACCCCUCAGAUCCUGGCCACACUGGCCAAAGACAAAAUGAUCAUCUCCUAUGGUCAAUGUGCUGCCCAGUUCUUCUUCUUCACCAUCUGUGCAGCUACAGAAUGCUUCCUGCUAUCUGUGAUGGCCUAUGACCGUUAUGUUGCUAUUAGUAACCCACUGCUCUACACUGUGGCCAUGAGCCCUAGAAGAUGCUGGAGUUUGGUGGCUGGAGCCUAUGGUGGUGGGUUGUUUGGGGCCAUCUUAAGAACCACAUGUACCUUUUCUCUUUUUUUCUGUGAAAAUAAUCACAUCAAUUUCUUCUUUUGUGACCUUCCACCUCUGCUGAAGCUGGCCUGCAGUGACACAACAAAUGCUGAGAUUAUCAUUGUUUUUGGGAAUUUUGUCAUUUUGGCCAAUGCUUUGGUAAUACUCAUUUCCUACCUGCUCAUAAUCAAGGCUGUCAUGAGCAUGAAGUCUCUGGGUGGCAGAGUCAAGACUUUCUCUACAUGUAUCUCCCACCUCACUGCUGUAUCUAUUUUCUUUGGUACCCUCAUCUUCAUGUACAUACGGAGCAGCUCAGGAAAAUCCCUGGAAGAAGACAAGGUAGUAUCUGUUUUCUAUACUGUGGUCAUCCCCAUGUUGAACCCUCUUAUUUAUAGCCUGAGGAACAAAGAUGUGAAGGCAGCCUUCAGAAAGGUCACUGGUAGAUUCCAGGUUUCUCAAACCUUGCAAAAUUGA